AUGGGAGAAUUAUCUGAAUUCAGGGCAGAUACCGCAGCCUGGCUGGCCGAAAACUGCCCGGAGGGGGCACGCGGGCCUGGCCAGAUGGCCAACGGCUCCAGCAAAAUCAUCCUGGAACCAGACGUUGCAAAGUGGCUUGAGGCCUGUGUCGAGAAAGGUUUUACCGCCCCAACCUGGCCUACCCAAUAUGGUGGCGGCGGUUUGAGCCAGGACUAUGCGCGGGUUCUAUAUGACGAAAUGGGCAAGAUCAACGCCCGCUCGCCGCUGGUGGGCAUGGGUAUGUCGAUGAUUGGGCCCACUUUGCUCGAGUAUGGCGAUGAUGCCCAGAAAGAACGCCACCUGCCUAAGAUUAUUCGAGGUGAAAUCCAAUGGUGCCAGGGUUACUCGGAACCCAACGCGGGAUCUGAUCUGGCCGCGUUAAAUACCAAAGCCGAAGAUAAAGGUGAUCACUAUCUGAUCAACGGCCAGAAGAUCUGGACAUCGGGUGCUGCCACCGCAGAUUGGAUGUUCAUUCUGGUACGAACAGAUUUUAAUGCACCAAAACAUGAAGGUAUCAGUUUCAUGUUACUGACCAUGGAUCAACCCGGCGUAACGGUCAAACCGAUUCGUCUGAUCUCCGGCACGUCACCUUUCUGUGAAACUUUUUUUGACGAUGCCGUGGCUAAAAAAGAAGACCUGCUGGGGGAUCUGAAUAAAGGCUGGACAGUAGGCAAACGUCUGCUGCAGUUUGAAAGAUCAGGCAUUGGCGGUCUGAACGGGGGUGCGCGACAGGCCCAGCCUGGUGCGGGACUCGUCAAAACCGCAAAAAAAUAUGUCGGAGAAGACGACGGCCGCAUCAAAGACCCGGCCCUUCGCGAAGCCAUCACCACCUUGAACAUGAACCGCGCGGCAUUCCAACUCACCGCCGCUCGAGCCAAUGCCGAAAAUAAAUCAGGCACACCCGGGGCAGCCACUUCAAUUUUCAAAUUAUACGGCGCAGCGCUGCAGCAGGAUGGCGCUGCGUUGAAACGUGAGUUGAUGGGCUUCCGUGGCCUGGGUGCACACGACCCGAACGGAUUCACCGCUUCAGAGUUAGAAGCAGCCAGCGACUGGCUGGGCAGCAAAGCAACCACCAUAUACGGUGGCAGCAAUGAAAUUCAGGCCAACAUCAUCGCCAAACGGGUCAUUGACCAGGAACAGCACAAAGCCUUCGCGCGCAAAUUUGGCACGUUGCAUGUGCACCCAAUGCAGCACAGCUAUGGCGGCGACCCGGAGAUCCUGCGUGUAAAAACCACCAGAGAUUCUAAAUAUACCGCUGGCAAUGGCUGGCAUACCGACGUUACCUGCGAUGAAAUUCCGCCGUUGGGCUCCAUGUUAUACAUCACAGAAACUCCGGAGUGUGGCGGCGGAGACACGUUAUUUGCUGAUAUGUACCUUGCCUAUGAGCUGCUCAGCGACACCAUGAAAGACAUGCUGGAUGGACUUGUUGCCGUGCACGAUGGCGCCAUCCCUUAUCUGAGCGGUUAUCAGGUAUCGCCACCGGAAGGUUCAAAGUACCCACGCAAUGAGCACCCGGUUGUUGCAACCCAUCCUGAAACCGGUAAAAAGGUUUUAUACGUCAACAGUGGCUUUACUUCGCACAUCAAGGGAUUAAAUGUCUGGGAAAGCAAAGCUUUACUCGGCGGGCUAUUGAAUCACAUCGCUCAGACUCAACGGCUGUACUGCCGGGUGCAGUGGCGCCCCAACACGCUGACGUUCUGGGAUAAUCGAUGCACCCAGCAUCACGCAGUCUGGGACUACUACCCGCACAGCCGCUAUGGGGAACGGGUGUCUAUUCUCGGCAACGAGCGCCCUGCGAUGUUCAUCAUGGGCAUGGGUUUUGUCGAUACCGCCAUGGCCGGACGCUACAGUGCUACCGAUCUGGCCGGCGUGUCAUUGGGUGGCAGCGUGAUGUGGCCAUUCAUGAUGAUGUUUACCGGCAUAACCAUGGCGCUCACACCCAUCAUCUCCCAGUUACGCGGGCGCAGGCAGCUGCCGCAAGUGGGCCAUCAGAUUCGUCAGGGGUUAUGGAUCUGUCUGGCCACCAGCACCGUCCUGGUUGUGAUUCUCUGUAACGCCGGCGCCAUCUACGCGCUCACCGGACUUAAACCUGAAGUGGCAAGGAUCGCCACCGACUACCUGGCCGCAGUAGCGUGGGGAAUCCCUGCCCUGGUGUUUUAUGUGGCGUUACGCCAUGCCUGCGAAGGGCUUGGACACACACGUCCGCCGAUGAUCAUUGCUGGCAGCAUGCUGCCCGUCAAUGCGACUCUGAAUUACGCGCUGAUUUACGGCAAAUGGGGGCUGCCUGAACUGGGGGGUGUCGGUUGCGGCUACGCCACGGCGGUGGUCUUCUGGCUACAGUUCAUAAUGAUGAUGGUUGUGAUCAAGCGCCCCUACUUCACAGCCACCGGUUUGUUUGAACGAUUUGAGUGGCCGGAAGCCGCCCCCAUCACUUCGAUCUUUAAAAUUGGUACACCCAUUGGUCUGGUCAUUUUCCUGGAAAUGGCCGUUUUUUCAGUGAUCGCUUUUCUAAUCGCGCGUUUGGGUGUUGAGCAGGUCGCCGCAAAUGCCAUUGCCGGCAACAUCAACUGGUUGACCUAUGUUAUUCCGAUGAGCCUCGGUGCUGCUGCCAGCAUCCGCGUGGGUUUUCAUGUUGGCGCCAACGACCUGGUAGCUGCCCGCCUGACCGCGGUGACGGUGUAUAAAUUCUCUAUCGGCUAUGCGCUGAUUGUCAGCGUAAUGCUGGUGUUGAUGCGUUAUCACCUGGUCAGCAUCUAUACCGCCGAUCCCGCGGUGAUCCAGAUUGCCGUCACGCUGCUGCUGUUUAUUGCCGUGUACCAGAUUGUUGACGACAGCCAGGCGGUGACCAUUGGCGCGUUACGUGGCUAUAAAGAUACAGAAGUACCCAUGUAUAUCAGCCUGGUUGGCUACUGGUUUAUUGCCGUUCCGCUGGGUUGGUUCCUGUCACAGGAGCUGCUGUUGCCUGGGUUGGCGCCGGGCGUGUACGGCUACUGGACCGCGCUGACUCUUGGUCUGUCGCUGGUGGCCAUCAGUGUGGGUCUACGUCUGUGGUACCUCAGCGGCAACGACAAAAAGAUUCUGCAGCUGGCCAUCACCUGGUCAUUCAAACUCCUUGGUGCUGCUCUGGUGGUACUCGCCGGUUUCAUUGUCGCCCGCUGGGUUGCCCGCCUGUUAACCGGCAUUUUAGAAAAGCGUGAUGUAGACGUGACCCUGCGCCAGUUUAUGGCCUCUACCGUACGGUUGCUGAUUCUGAUCAUGUUCAUGGUUGUGGCUUUGGGUCAGCUGGACAUCUCUAUCACACCAUUGAUUGCCGCGAUUGGUGGCCUGGCAGUAGGUUUGAGCCUGGCGCUGCAAGGACCGGUGUCCAACUAUGGCGCAGGCCUGAUGAUCAUUCUCACACGCAUGUAUCGCGUCGGCGACACCAUCACCACCCAGGGUUGUUCAGGGCUUGUUGAAGACAUCAGCCUCGCGGCGACCGCGCUGCGAGCGGAAGAUGGCGAGCUGAUUAUUAUUCCCAACAAACAUAUUGUCGGCGAGGUACAUACCAACUCUGAAGCCAAUCGAAUUGUCGAAGGUUGUGUUGGUAUCGCCUACAGCGCCGACCCGGAGCUGGCGAUUCAAGCGAUUACCCAGGUCCUGAACAACGAAACCGGCGUUAUCCAGGACUCACCGCCGGAAGUAGGCAUCUGCAACUUUGGAGAUUCCAGUGUCGAUAUCGAAUACCGCUACUGGACGCCAACCGGUGGUUAUUUCAAAACCAUCCAUACGGUUAAUCUGGCCAUCUUCAAAGCCUUCGCAGAGCACGGCAUCAGCAUCCCAUUCCCGCAAUCUGAAGUACGUCUGCUCAACGAUGACGCUAGCUAG